GCGUAGCUUACAAAAACAGAGUCUUCAAAACCCCGCCCCCAAACUGGAAGUCCGAAUCCUUCCUUGUGUUCAUCUCUCUCCCUGUUGUUCGGUCGAUCUAACGAAUGCAAGCCCUCUUGAGAGCCCGCUUACUGGUAUCGUCUCUUAGACCGCCGCGAGUCCUCUUCUCCUCAGACCAUGGAGCCCAAGCGUCUCUUUCCAGAGCUCCUUAUACUGUUUUUCAGUCCCCCAACCGAAAUAACGACAAUUUAUUAGGCUUUCAAAAAAUGAUGCCAGUAGGAUCAAUAAUGUUUGUGCAGAAGGAAUUUUAUUGUUCUGGAAUUCCAGAUAGUCAUACAGAGGCUGUAAAGGAACUCUAUGAUAAAAUGCUUGAAUCUCUGUCGCAACAAAGAAGUAUGCCACCAAAUGCUUGGUUAUGGUCUCUCAUUGAUAAUUGUACCAAUGUUGAUGACAUUAAACUUCUCUUUAACAUCUUAAAACGUCUUAAAAUAUUUAGACUCUCUAAUCUCAGAAUUCAUGGAAAAUUUGAUUGCAAUCUGUGUGGAGAAGUCACCAAGGCUAGCAUCCGAGCAGGGGCAAUUGACUUUGGUAAGAAAGCAUUAUGGAAACAUAAUGUGUAUGGAUUAUCUCCAAGCUUAGUCUCUGCUCAUCAUUUGCUGAUGUAUGCAAAACAGCAGAAGGAUGUUAGUCUAAUGGUAGAUACAAUGAAGCUUAUUGAGAAAAAUAAUUUGCCAUUACAACCUUCUACUGCAGACAUUAUCUUCAGUAUAUGUUACAAUGCUGAUGACUGGGAAUUGAUGAAUAAGUAUUCAAAGAUAUUUGUCAAGGCGGGGGUGAAGCUACGACGAACUUCUUUUGAUUUGUGGAUGGACUUUGCUGCCAAACGAGGAGAUGUUGAUUCUCUAAUGAAAAUUGAAAUUUUGAGAUCAGAAACCACAACGCGUCACUCUAUUCUCACCGCUAUUUCAUGUGCUAAGCUAUUGCUCCUCCAAAAUAAGCCCGAGGAUGCUGCUGCAAUGAUUCGAAGUGUCAAUCAGAUCCUACCCAAAUCAAUGAGUUCAAAAAUGAUAGCCGAGUUUCAGAAACUGGUUGAAAAGUGGCCUUUGGAGGUUAUUAAGCACCAGAAAGAUGAAGACAUAAAGGAAUCCGCUGCUGCUGCUCUACAGAAGAACAUCAAUGUUAUGCUUGUAUUGCUGGCAGAUAUGGUUUAAAGUCAAAUGGAUGUAAAUAGAUAUUGACAAACAGACAAUCUUCAACCAAAUUUGGGGGCAAUUUCAAUUAUGAGCCCGAGUUCAUAAAUG